UGUCUUUCUUCUGCAUUGCUUCUUCAUUUCUUACACAUAAUUCAUUGGUAAGGAAGUUGUUCAUAUCCCAGCAGCUCUGCUAUAAGGGUCAGAGAGUGGGAUGCGCUCUGCAAGGGAAUUUCACUGGAAGAAAAGCAACAUUUUGUCAGAGUUUCACUGAACAGUGCAUGACUUUACAUUGUGGAAGGAUAAACAGAGCCCUAUGUGAGGCUGGAAAGAAGUAAAAGAAGAUCAUCAAGGACCAUGGCACACAGUAUGAGCUCCAGUGACGACUAUGAGAACCUGGGAGAAGGUGAACCAGGUCAGGACUCCUUCCUCGGGUAUGUCAGAGAACCAGCAGCCAGUACCCAGAGAUGCCCUGAAACUUUGGAGCUGGAUGUGGUUAGCGGAUACACGAGUACAAAUACAGAAGACAGCUGUUUGAUGGGGGAUGACCACAUGAGAGAUGAGACUCUUGACACAAAGCAGAUCAAGUCUCUGCAGAGGCAGCGCUGGUCAGCUGCUACUCUAAAGGUCCUCUCUUCAAUGCCAAGCCGCACUGCUGGGCAAAAUAGUGCUGCAGUCAAUUCCCGGUGUUCCCAGCUACGACAACGCCAUACCCCCUCCAAUGAUUCUUCUCAUCCCGCCAGACCAAUCCAGGUUGACUUUAGCGAGGUUGAUGUGGAGGAAAGCAGUACUGAAGAAAACAAGGAGCAGUUGGCAUCCGACCUCAGAGGCCUGUCAGUGAGUGAGGGCGUGCGCAAGCUGCGAGCCAUGCCGCUUAGUCUGACAGAUAAAAUGAAGAUCAGACGACUUGCUUUUAGUGACGUAGCUAAAAGUACACUCAUCAGUAGAAAUAUUCCAUGCUACAGUGGUCUCAGCAUGUACGUUUUGAGGACUUGGCGUCACUGCCUGUUCAACUGCCUCCCCAUCCUCAGUUCCCUCCAGCCGUGGCAUUCAGCCAUGAAGAGACUGAGUGGACGCUUUGGAACUGGAGUGCUCUCCUACUUCCUGUUUCUCCGAACCCUCCUGCGCUUUAACCUCCUACUCUUCAUCAUCAAUGGCCUGUUCGUGGUCAUGCCUCAAGCCAUUGACCCUCCUAUUUAUGACCCUCAUCUCCAUACUUUCACUGGCCUUCAGCUUCUCACAGGCACGGGCUACCUCUCUCAGAGUGUGAUGUUUUACGGCUACUACACCAGCACUAACUCAAUCACUGGCCAGAUGGUGUCAUACAGCAUACCAGCAGCCUACCUCUUUUCCAUUGCCAUCACCUUCUUCGUCAUCUGCAUCAUCCUGGUGUCCAGCAUGUCCAAGUCCUUUGGGAGAAGUUUUCAUGUCCUCAAGUCAAAUGGGGAUCUGGCAGUAAAAGUUUUCAGCACCUGGGACUUUAAACUCAGCAAGAAGUCAUCUGUCAGAGUUCAGUCUGAGAGAAUCAGCACUCAGCUCAAAGAGCUUCUGUCUGAGAUGAUCAGUGGAGAAGACGAAAAGAGCUGCAUGCAGCGACUCUGCUUCCUCCUAGUGCAUCUGGUGGCGUGGGCUACAUGUCUAGCCAGCAUCUUCAUGGGCGCCAUGGGAGUCCACUACCUGUCAGAGGCCACCAUUAAACCGGGUCCUGUCAGAGAAACUGAGCUGCUGCUCUUGUCUGCAGUGGUGUCAGGCAUUAACCUGUUACUUCCUGGCCUCUUCAACCUAAGUGCUUGGAUAGAGAAACACGACUCACCCUGUGUCCGUGUCUAUGUCUCCAUCUUCAGGAACCUGUUGUUGAAGAUCAGUAUUGUUGGCGUGCUGUGCUACCGCUGGCUGGGAAGAAUUGCUGUGGAACCAGAAAGCCGUGAUUUAAAGUGUUGGGAAACCUUUGUGGGGCAAGAACUGUAUCGCUUGCUUCUGAUGGACUUUAUCUUCACAGUGCUUUACACUUUUUUGGGAGAGUUCCUGUGGAGGCUCUUUUCUGAGGAAGUGUUGAAAAGGGACAGGAAGCCAGUGUUUGACAUUGCUCGCAAUGUGCUGGAGCUCAUAUAUGGACAAACUCUUACUUGGCUCGGGGUACUGUUUGCCCCACUUCUUCCUGCAGUCCAAAUCAUAAAAUUGCUUGUGCUGUUUUACAUGAAGAAGAGCAGUCUGAUGCUCAACUGUCAGGCCUCCAGAAAGCCCUGGAGGGCCAGUCAGAUGACAACACUAUUCAUCUCUCUUUUGUGCUUCCCAUCAUUUCUCAGUGCUGCCGUGUCUGUCAUGUAUACUAUUUGGAAGAUUAAACCCUCAGCAGAGUGUGGCCCUUUCAGGAAUCUCACCACAAUGUUUCAGCCAGAGAAGCUGUCGGCACAGGAGAUGAAGAACUCCCACCCAAUCCUGUCUUCGCUCAUUUGGGUGUAUAACUCUGUGGUGGAGAACCCAUUGUUUUUAUUUCUCGCCUGCGGAGUCUUCCUAAUGGUGAUCUACUUUCAUACUCAAGUUGUUGAUGGCCAAAGCAGAAUCAUCAGUCGGUUAGAAAAGCAAAUUGAAAAUGAGGGUAAGGACAAAAAGUUCCUUAUUACCCAAUUGCAAGCCAUUUGUGAAGAGAAUAGUCUGGUUUCCUCAGAUAAGUUGGCAAGAUAUGAUCUCAUCAGCGACAAGCAUCUUAGCUUUGAACUCAUCUAUGCCAAGAUGGUUGCCAAUGUUGGCAAGCUACAAGGAGAACAAAAGUAUAAGAAAAACCUGUUACAGUAGAGUGUGUUAGUUUCAAAUAUAUCCUGUUUGGUGAGUCAUUAAUAUUUAUUAAUACUAGAGCUCUUAUUGUAUGUUAGGAUGUGUUUUUUAUAUUUGUAGUUAUUAUUUUUAGUUAUGUUAUAGUUUAUGCAUAAUUACCUUGACUGUGUUGUACGAAUCGACAAAAUAAAUUUGUUUGUACACAUCUAAUGUGUUCUUGGAAUGAGGAACCAUCUUGAAUUGUUUUUAGCAAAUUAGAUAAGUAGCAUCUGUUCCUUUUCUGAAAACACUGCUUCCUUUAUCUGCCUGGCCCAAAUACUAGUAUUCCUCUGUGUAGUUCAUCUGAACACA